AUGGAUGUCCAUAACGAAACAGAAUUUCGAAUUGAGCACGAGCCAGAUUCACAAUCACAAGAAGCUGGAUCAAAUUCGAUGGAAACAGACGAUGCUGAUGGUGAAAAUAAUGAUAUCUAUCCUCAAUUUGAAUCGAGAUUAGCUAUAGAAGACUUCACCAAACUAGAUUUGGCCACCGUUUUAAUUAUGUUCAAACUUAGAUAUAGAAUAACAAUCAAAGGAAUGAAUUCUUUACUGAACAUUUUAAAAUUAUUGAAAGUGCCAAAUGUCCCAGCAGAUUAUCUUACAUUAGUCAAACUAUUAAGAACAACCUCAACAGCGACGUCUCCACCGUUUAUAAAAUGCACGUUUUGCCCACAAUGUGAAUUAAUAUCAAGACAUACAACAAAUUGUACCAAUGAGCAUUGCGAAAAUUAUAAACAGUAUAAAACAAAAAUACAGCAACAUUUCAUUGAAUAUGCCAUUGAACACCAAAUCCAAUCCAUUUUAGAACGUGAAACACAUCUGACAUUUCCUACAUUGGCUACAACUAAUGCGGAUGUAAAACGUGAUAUUUACGAUGGUGAAAGAUAUCAAGAAUUACUUCGAGCCAAACCAGGACGAUUUUUAACGUUAUCUUUGAAUGCUGAUGGUGUACAAAUGAAACAUUGUGGCGAUGUAUCGCUGUGGUUAAUCAUUUUCUGCAUUAAUGAAAUUCAUCAAAAACAACGUUUUCAAAUUCAAAAUUCUAUCAUUGGGGGAUUAUGGCCUGGACCCAAGAAGCCGUCACAAAAAUAA